GGGGGGAUGAGGGUUGGGGGAACUCUGAAUGGGAGAGCAGCCCUGCAGCCCACUGACUGUGUUGCCCCCGCCUCCCCACGCCCUCCAGGUACAUGGUUCCGGUCCGAGCCGUGGUGAUGGCCCGAGAUGACUCCAGUGGGGGCUGGCUGCCUGUGGGGGGCGGGGGCCUCAGCCAGGUGAGCGUUUGUCGGGUCCGAGGGGCCAGGCCCGAGGGGGGGGCCCGCCAGGGGCACUACGUCAUCCACGGGGAGCGCCUUCGGGACCAGAAAACCACCUUGGAGUGUACCCUGAGGCCAGGCUUGGUUUACAACAAAGUGAACCCCAUCUUCCAUCACUGGAGCCUGGGUGACUGCAAGUUUGGACUGACGUUCCAGAGUCCCGCAGAGGCUGAUGAGUUCCAGAAGAGCCUGCUGGCUGCGCUGGCUGCACUGGGUCGAGGCUCGCUUACCCCCUCUUCCUCCUCCUCUUCCUCCUCCCCUUCCCAGGACACCGCAGAGACUCCCUGCCCUCUGACGUCCCAUGUGGACAGCGAGUCCUCCUCCAGUCACAGCCGCCAGGAGACGCCUCCCACCGCCCCGGCGGCGGCCACUAUCAUUACCGUGGAGUCAGCUUCUGGCUUCGGGCCGGCUUCGUCACCCCAGCGCCGCCGCUCCUCUGCUCAGAGCUACCCUCCGCUCCUACCAUUCACGGGGAUUCCGGAGCCCUCAGAGCCCCUGGCCGGGGCAGGGGGCCCGGGCUGGGGCGGCCGUGGCUAUGAGGAUUACCGGCGCGCCGGGCCGCCCGCGCCCCUCGCCCUGUCCACCUGCGUCGUGCGCUUCGCCAAGACCGGCGCGUUGAGGGGCGCAGCCCUGGGGCCCCCCGCCGCACUACCGGUCCCUCUCGCCGAGGCUGCGCCCCCAGCGCCCCCCGCUCGCCCACCCCCGGGCCCCGGCCCUGCCCCUGCGCCCGCCAAAGCCUCCCCCGAGGCGGAGGAGGCGGCGCGCUGCGUGCACUGCCGGGCUCUCUUCCGCCGCCGCGCGGACGGGCGCGGUGGUCGCUGCGCGGAAGCCCCGGACCCGGGUCGCCUGCUGGUGCGUCGGCUCAGUUGCCUGUGGUGCGCCGAGAGCUUGCUCUACCACUGCCUGUCGGACGCCGAGGGCGACUUCUCGGACCCGUGCGCCUGCGAGCCGGGCCACCCGCGCCCAGCGGCGCGCUGGGCCGCGCUGGCCGCGCUCUCCCUGGCGGUGCCCUGCCUCUGCUGCUAUGCGCCCCUGCGCGCGUGCCACUGGGUCGCGGCGCGAUGCGGCUGCGCCGGCUGCGGGGGUCGCCACGAGGAGGCGGCGCGGUGAGGACGGCCUGGUGGGUCCGGUAGCUGCACUGAGGACCCCAAAUUGAGGGUCCAGGACCCUGGACUCUGUUCGGACCCCCACACCCAA